AGUGAGCACACGAAGUCGCUCCAGCUGGGAGUGAUGUCACGGGAGCGACGCAGCGAGGUCGCUCGCAUUUUUGACGAAUCACGACGCGAAAAAAACGCACCGGGACCGACCUCUCGCAGCGACACCAUCAAGUCGCUCCCGAGCCGGUUCAGGUGACAAUGGUUAAGAAGACAAAGGAAAAGUUGGAAGCUGAGAGGCAAGAAGCUGAAAGAAAAGAGUCUGCAGUAAGAAGGAAAGCUUUAACCUCCGAGCCAACUGGUUCAGGGACGCAGAGGACUGUUUGUCAGCAGACCUUGGCUGCGAGGAAAUCGCAGGAACAAGAGAAGAGGGCAGGGAAAAGUGUAGCAGUCCCCACUCAUGAGGAGAGUGAAACUGAGAGUGGUGAUGAGCAGGCACCUACAAAGAAAGCCAAGAUGUCCAAAGGGAAGGCGGUUGCUGUUGAUCGGGACAGGGCGAAAACUCCUUCUGUGGAGGAGCUGUAUGAUCACUUGAUGAAUGGGGUCACUUGGACUCCAACCAGGUUCGCCGACCUUGAUUUGCUGAAAGAGUUGGGUCUUGAGUCUGAUAUUGAGGCGAUGCUAGGACAUUUGAAGAUGCCAAAACUCCUCACUAUGGCUUACCCUUUCUACAAGGAUGUCACUUGUCAGUUUUUAUCUUCUCUUGUGGUCACUUACCACGACACUGUGCAUGUGAGGCAAGGAUGGGGAAAAAUCAGGUUCAAGGUCAAUGGAAGAGAAUACAACAUGAACUUCAAGGAAAUUGGGAGAGUCAUGGGGUUCCAAGACCUAGAAGACCACUCUCUUCCCAAGUGUGAGAACCUCCCCACCGAGCUUUGUAAGUUGAUCACUGGAAACAAACACUCUACCGGGGCUGACAAGAACUCACAUAUCCUACACCCGUCAGUACGCUACCUCCACAGGAUGCUCGUCCAUGCAUUCUACCCACGGAAGCAAGCUGGUAGUGUCACUGAGGAAGACAUGCGACUGCUCUGCCCGGCUAUCCGCCCCUACGCCCAACCUGGAGUGUUACCCCUUCCAGCACCGACAUCUAUGCUACCUUCGGGAUGGUUAGUUUCUUUGUGGGUCGUCUCCAGCACUAUCGAGACUGGGCGUGGUACACCACUGAUUCGCGCCCAAAGGUUGGGAUAGGCGGGAUGAUCACACCACUGCUCCAAUUUCUGAAUGUUCCAUUGGGAAAGGACGCAGCAGGGCCUAAGUUCAUUGAUGGCACCUACUUGAAGAUUGCCACCUAUUUCAGUGGGAUGUAUGGGAAGGACUACGUCUACCACUAUUACUUGCACGGCAAGCCGGUCGAAGUGGUUCUUCCAAACUGGAACCUGACAAGCUUAGAGAGACCUGGAGCUAUCAGCUUCAACAUAUCCCAGGAGAACUUUCUUGGAGAACACGGGUCUCUCGAUCCCAUUGCUCCACCAAGGAAAAGGAGUGUUCCUACGCGACCUGAAUCACCUGUUGCAGACACAUCUGAGCCUAUCUAUGGACCUCCGCGCUACUACUUCAAGCCACAUGACGGAGUUCUUCCGCCCGGA